CCCCACACCAACCUCCAAGCUCCAGCUCAAGCUCAAGCUCCAACGUCUCAUCAAUUCGGCCCGCUGCCUGACACCUGAGCUGUGACACCAUGACGAGCCCGAUGGUUUCCAUCUGCAAGUUCGUGGGGACGAUAAGUCUGGGAUUGCUCACUGGCAUCUCCGCCUCGCUCUCCACGACCGCCCUCCCCGCCCUCCUCACACUCCCCACCGCUGUAACCGCCCGCUCAACACACACCUACCUCUCUUCCAAAACGCGCCUCCUCUCUUCUUACCUCCGCCACAUCACCACCUUCACCCUCUUCUCCGCAUACCUCCUCUCGCCCCGCCGCUUCCGCCACCCCUACCUCCUCUACACCUCCAUCUUCGCAUUCGUCUCCGGCCCCGGCGUCGACUACGCCGUUGCGUUCCGCGAGGGCAAGAACGAGCAGCGUGCGCUUCUGGAUCUCGAGGCGCAGGGCGAUGAUGUCAAUGGCGAGCAGGUGCGGCAUGCGGUGGAAAGGAUGAAGUUUACGGAGGCAGUGAGGGCGGGGAUAUCGGGCGUGGCGUUUGCGAUGGGUGUGGUUGGGAUCUGGGGAGAUGGCGCGUAGGAUGUUGCUUGGAUGCGUUGGGCCGUAUCGGCGACAUAUAAGCUAUUUUGUUGAGGUGAUGAUGUGGUGUUUGGCGUUGGAUAUGGGUGUGGAAGGAAGACAGACGUUGUUUGUAUGGCCGUCACGCAGCUCUCCUGUCAGUUUUAUGAUCCCCUGUAUAUAUCUAGAAAACAUCAUUCGACUCAUUCCACUGC